CGCUGUCGUUCUGUUUGAGGUCGGCUCUGCUGUCUGCGGCGCGGCAGCAAACCCGGUUGCCUUCAUCAUUGGUCCAGGAACGGCAUUCUGAUUCUCAUUAUCUAUGCUGUCCCCCUUAUAAAACGACACCAUUAUCAAGCCUUAUUCGGCGCUACUUAUGGUGUCUCGUCCAUUAUAGGCCCGCUUAUUGGCGGUACCUUUGCCUCAAACGUCUCUCUGGAGAUGGUGCUUUUACAUCAAACUUCCAUUUGGAGGCGUCAUCCUGUUUGUCUUUACCUUGCUCCAGCUAAGGAUGUCUUGAGGCGGAACCUGCUGCCUCUCAUGGUUGCCAUGGUUGAUUCAUCCAUUAUCAGCGAUGUGGGAACGACUCAUGUUUGCUAUUACAUGCCCUUCCUGAUCACCAGCACACGCAUCAUAACAGUUGUGCGGAGCUUCUCACCAUGCUCAGAGUCAACACAAUCACCGGUCAAUGGAUCGGCUACCAGAUCAUAUACGGCUUCGGCUUCGGCUGUUGCUUCCCGGAGCCCGACUUGGCAGCGCAGACGGUACUCCCCCACAAAAUGUGGCUAUCGACGCUUCCCUAAUGCUAGACUCUGUUUGGGGCGAUAUUUGUCUCUGUUGGCCAGGACCUCUUCGAGUGAGAUUUGGCUACUUGUCUUGCUCGCAUCUCUGGUAGCCGAGUCACUCCUGAGACAAUUGUGAGGGCAGGUAUCACUGGCCUCUUCAAGAUCAUUCCCUCCCAGUACCACACUACUGUUCUGAAAGGCUAUAAUUCCUCGCUCGGGCUAAGCUUUGUGGUUGCUCUCGUCUGUGCUUGUCUUUCUGUCAUU